AUGGUCCUGCCCGCGGGGGACCGGCCGGGGGCCGACGCGACCCAGGCCCUGGGCGCGCUGUGGGACUACCGCGUCUACGCGCGUCGCUGGGUCUUUCUGCUGGUGCUCAGCCUUCUCAGCUUCUCCAACGCCACGCUGUGGCUCAGCUUCGCACCCGUGGCCGACAUGAUUGCCCACCACUUCCUCCUCUCCACCGAGCAGAUCAACUGGCUUUCGCGAGUCUACCUCGUGGCGUCCAUCCCGUCCGGUGUGGUGGCCAUCUGGGUUCUGGAUUCUGUUGGGCUCCGCUGGGCAACCAUCGUGUGCGCAUGGCUGAACUUUGCCGGGAGUGUGUUCCGAACCUUGCCCUUCAUGGUCGGCGGGAUCCAGGACCCAUUUGCCUUCCUCAUGGGUGGGCAGAGCCUCUGUGCCCUGGCCCAGACCCUGGUCAUCUUCUCUCCGGCCAAGCUGGCUGCCUUGUGGUUCCCCGAGCACCAGCGAGCCACGGCCAACAUGAUUGGCACCAUGUCAAACCCCCUGGGCAUCCUGGUGGCCAACCUGCUGUCACCUGCCCUGGUGAAGAAGGAGGAGGACAUCCCCAUGAUGCUGGGCAUCUAUAUCAUCCCUGCCGGCAUCACCUGCCUGCUGGCCACCGCCUGCCUCUUGGAGAGCGUGCCCCCCACCCCACCUUCCGCCAGGGCCAUCCACUCCACCUCAGAGAAGUUCCUGGAUGGGCUGAAGCUGCUCUCGUGUAACAGAGCCUAUGUCGUCCUGGCCGUGUGUUUCGGGGGCGGCAUCGGCAUCUUCUCCAGCUUCUCGGCCCUCCUGGAGCAGGUCCUUUGUGUGAGGGGCUACUCCAACGAAUUUAUAGGCCUUUGCGGGGCUCUCUUCAUUGUGUUUGGGGUCCUGGGGGCCCUGGUUCUCAGCCUGUAUGUGGACCGGACCAAGCUCUUCACCGAAGCUGUCAAGAUUGGCUUCUGUCUGACCUCCGUGGUCUGUGUGGCCUUUGCUCUGGUGUCUCAGCUGCAGGGACAGACCCUCGCGCUGGCUGCCAUCUGCUCACUGCUUGGCCUCUUUGGUUUCGCGGUGGCACCCAUUGCCAUGGAGCUGGCCGUUGAGUGCUCCUUCCCUGCGGGUGAGGGUGCGGCUGCGGGCCUGAUCUUCGUGCUGGGGCAGGCCGAGGGCGUGCUCAUCAUGGCCCUGCUGACUGCCCUGACCGUGCGCCGUGCGGAGCCGUCUGUCUCCACCUGCCGGGAUGGCCAGGGCCCACUGGACUGGCAGGUGUCCAUGCUGCUGAUGGCUGGCCUCUGCACCCUCUUCAGCUGCUUCCUGGUUCUCUUCUUCCACACACCAUACCGGCGCCUCCAGGCUGAGGCCAGUGCGAGCUGCUCCAUCCAGGAGGACAUGUCCCCUGUGACCGUGGACCGCGAACCCCACCCGGCAGCCACCCCCUGA